CCUUCCGGUGCUCCCGGCUGAACCCGCCGAUGCCCAGCGCUCCGCGGUUUGUGGCCCGGCGGCGGCCAUCGCCGCUACCCCUGCUCUUCUCUCCUCGGUUCUGGGCAGCCCCCUUCAGCCGGGCGGAGACUAGGAAGCGCUCCGGGACUCGCUCGGCGUCUUCCCGGUCUCAACGUCAGAACAAAUACUGAAGCAAACAGCAACAGCAUAUAAUCCAAUGCUCUUUUUUGAGUGUUAUGUCGGGCAAUAUAAGCCAUCAUGUGUUCCGAGUGAGGACUCUGUACAAAAAGAUCCUUCAACUUCACCGUGUGUUGCCACUGGAACUGAAAGCUUUGGGAGAUCAAUAUGUGAAAGAUGAAUUCAGGCGGCACAAAUCAAUCAGUCUUCAGGAGGCCCAGCACUUCCUACAGGAGUGGGAGAACUACGCAAUGAUGCUGUGGCAGCAAGUUAAUCAACAUGCACAGAACUCCACCAAUCGGCCUCACUUUGGAGCAGAUCUCUCAGAGGAGAAGUUUGGUGCCCUUCGAGACGAGCAAGUUGGACAGCUGCAUGAACUAAUGCAAGAGGCCACCAAACCCAAGAGACAGUUCAAUAUUUCAGAUGAUGGAGACUACAAACAUUAACACAUUUCUUUGAAUUUCAUUUUAUGGUGUAUCUUUUUUUGCACUUUGCAAAAUGGUUUCACUCUAAAGAAUAAAGGAAGAUGGUAUAAUUUUAUACAA